ACAGAACCCAUCGAUGCAUUCUGAACCAGAGCCAAUUAAAACACAAAAGUUCUUUUUCAAUUUGAGCUUGCCCCCUACACAUGCAGCCCUCUUGAGGACACUGUUUUAUUUUUAUUCUCUCUUCAGUUUAAGAUCAAGUUAAAGACUUAUCCAUACUAAAUCAUGUUCGCUGAAGUCAUCGCCUUCGUUAUCUUCCUUGUGGCUGUUUACGUCGUGUCUACGAUUUGGGAAAACCGAAAGCUCCCUCCGGGUCCAUUUCCGUUACCAGUGCUUGGAAAUCUGCUGUCAAUCGGACAUAAGAGGCCUUACGAAGAUCUUGCAAACAUGGCGAAAACAUACGGCAAACUUUUUCGCAUCCAUAUGGGAAGCAGGAAAGUCAUUGUCAUUAACAAAUUAAGCCAGAAUACUAUACAUAAAUCAAGUAGCGAAAAUCAGAUUUUCAUCAUGUUGAUAUCAAUGUUGUCUCUAUUCAAUUCUAGUGCCUCUGACAUUUUUUUCCCUGGAACUGAGGAUCCUACCAGCAUACUCAACUGGUUUUUACUUUACGUCACCAAAUAUCCGGAUUUACAGGCCCAAAUCCAUCGUCAGUUAGAUGACGUCAUCGGCAACACAAGCCGACUGCCAGAGAUAUCUGACAAACCCAACUUACCUUAUUUGGAGGCAUUCAUUGCUGAAGUUCAGCGCAUUGUCAGUGAAACUCCACUGGCAGUUCCUCACUCGACCACGCGGGACACGUCCCUUGCUGGUUUCUUCAUUCCGCGCGACAUGACCGUGUUUGUUAACCUCUGGGCCAUUCAUCACGAUCCUGAUCGCUGGGAAGAUCCAGCUUGCUUCAGGCCAGAGCGGUUCUUGGACGAACGAGGUCGAUUUCAUUCCGCAGAAGGUUUCAUGCCAUUCUCAUUAGGAAAGCGUUCGUGCCUAGGGAAAGCGUUUGGAAGGAAAACAGUUUUCAUAUACGCCGCUCGAUUACUGUACCGAUUCAAAUUUGAGUGCCCGCCUGGUGAGUUCCUGCCCAGCGCGGAAGACAGUGAGAACGGGAUCGUACUUGAUUGCAAGCCCUUCGCGAUUUGCGCCAAAGAGAGAAGAAACACAAAUUAAUUAACCACAGAAUAGAGAGA